AUGCAGGACUCGAAGCAGCAAGCUCUAGCUAGUAGCGGGCGAGAACGCCGGUUCAAGUUCCACCUGAUAGCAGCCCAAGAGGCCUUUGAUCAAUCUAAGAAAGACGGGUCCCGCGAGACUUUCGAGCUCUGCCUAUCGCAUGCCAGGGUUGCAAUAACGGUGGCGAAAAAAGCCGACCGCCUUGACCUGGAACAAGAUGCCCAGCUGGCCAUUGUUGACUUUCUAGAAAAGUCAGGCAGAAAACAGGAAGCAUUGGAGGCUAUGAUAAUUGCUGCCGCAAUUGAGGACAACCUGGAGGUGGAGUAUAAAUCACCGUCAGGCAAGGAUGGAAGUGGCACACGUCUGGCUUCGGUAGGUGGCGUUCCCAUCGCUGAGGUCCUUCGGCGUCUUGAUAAUGACGGGCCCGAGAAAAAGGCUUCACAUUCUGGUCAGAAGCAAAUUCCGGUUGCCGCAGACUCGCACAGGUCUGAUGACAGUGCACCCGCGGAUAUCUGCAAGUCCCAGACGCCGGAAUGUCUUCCGAAGGCAGCCGUUGAAGGUCGUCAGAUCAGAGAUCUGCACGGCAGACUGGGGACUGUUUUAACCGAAGCGCCAAGACUGCGGCACAAGGCAAAGUUUAGCAAUUAG